UGUGUCUGUUGCUCACUUUUAAUCACUUUGUAUGUUGCUCUGUGUUUUUCAUAUCCAAGUUCUCCACAAGUGUGGUGCACAACUAACAGUCCUCCAUGUAGGUUGAAUAUGGCAGCUGUUAACAGACCGUCACCAGCUCAUCCAGGACCAAAUGGCAGGAACCUACACUCUCGCCCUAACAGCGGUAUACUAAACUCUGGACAGCAGAAUCCAGGACUGCACGGCACCAGCCAGGACCCAGGACCUUCAUCCCAUCCCCAACAGCACGUCUCUGCCCGGCCUGUCUUCUACGUCCCUGCUCCACCUCCACCCCCUUUCCUCCACUACCAAUGGCCCAUGCCCUUCUCCUAUAACCCCUUUGCUGGCUUCCCAGGCAUGGGCUAUGGUAUGGUCAUGCCCCCAUUCCCUCCUCCCCCCUAUAUGGAGGCUCCAGCCUACAUUCUGCCCUACCCUCACAUCCAACCAGUUGACUACAGACGCUUGCUCCACCCCCAGGUCCACGCUCCCAGCGCACCCUACCAGAACCCAAACCAGACCCGCAGAAUUCGCCUGGCUCAUACUUUCCCGAUUAGAGAAACUGUGAACUCUGAGGUCCAAACAGAACCCACACAGAGAGGCAUAGGUGAUUAUGGUGAGGGAAGCCCACUCAUCAGCUCAGAUUCUGGACAUGGAACCACUUCUCCAUCCUCCUCAAGCUCCAGCUCCCAAAUACAAGGCUCUGCCGAGGUUGAGAACUAUACGUUGCCCACCAGUAAUGCAAAUGACUUACAGGUUAACAGGACCUGCACAAGUAGCGCAGUAAAACACGGCUUCAACAUCCCACUUCCUACAGGAACAAAGACCGUCAAGUCAUUUAUCAGAGCAACUCUAGAAACACAGAAGAGCUGUAAAGACAGUGUUGGUCAGGAGACUGUUCCCCCUUGCAGUAACGGUCAAUGCAGUAUGUGGUCAGUUAGUUCUCCAGGUAGCAUGGUUCCUGUGUGUAGCUCUUCACAAGAAGAGGAUGAUGUUGUCAAAGAGCGAUGUGUCUCUGUUCCUGACAUUCUGAUGAGUAGGGGAGAUGGCAUGCCACAGGAAACAAUGCUGAAAAUGGCAGACAAGGUUCUGCCUCAGAAUGACCACCAGCUGCUGUCUUAUAAAACUGAAGUAGAGCAUGAAAAGGCAGUUGACCAGAAUCCAAAUGAGACCAAGAAUGCUUCAGUGGUGGCUGAUGCGAAUGAUGAUGCUGAGGGUAUAUUAAGUUCUGAGGACAGUGAAACCCUUUCCAAGAUCCUCAAACUGAGAGUAGCUCAUGAAGAGCAAAAGGCAGAGUCCAGAAGAGAGAAUGAGCCUGUGGGAUUGGUUGGCUCUUUAAGGCAUUGCCUACCGUACAGAGAUGACCUGCUGCAUUCCCUAAGCAAGUCCCAUAAGCUCCCUGACAAUGAGCAAGGAAAUGGCAAUGAGACAAAUCCACAUGAAGACACUACAGAGAUCAUUCCCUAUCAAAUGUCUUUAAAUGGCUGUCAGAUGACGAGAAAAAAUGAGUCUGUUUGGUCUGUGGAGUCUCUAGCCCCCUUUAUCCCCACUAAGGAGUGGCUGUUGCAGAACAGCAUGUAUGAGCCUGAAGUAAUCGUUGAGAUGACAGAGGAAGCUGAAAAUUGCAGACUGUCAACCCAAAAUGAUGACCUAAUUGUCAAAGCUAGUAGAGAAAGGAGGCAGACUCGCAGGUUUUCCUCUUCUGACUCUAUUCCAAUGUCAGACAGCUGGCUCAUUUUCAGUACCCCAGCUGGGAAGCAAAGUCCAUCAAAGAAACCAGAAAUGGAGAGUGAAAAUGAUGCCUCUGAAAUAAGGGGACCUUCAGAAAAGGAUCCCGUAGCUUCCCAGACUCACCUGCCAAGUAAAUUAUUUUUAUCUAACUCCACUGAAGAGGAUGUGGACGAAAAUAGGUCUUCUGAACCAGAGGCUAUUCAAAGCCCAAACCAGGAAUCUCUCAUUGUAAAUGAGCAGGAGAAAAGUCCCGGCUCUCCUGAGCAGCAAGAAACUCUCCUCUUGAACUCUGCAGCAGGUGAGAAAAUCUCAUCUAUGGGCCAGCUGAUUCUCCAAAACGGAGUUGAUAUGGAGGCAGAGGAUGGAGCGUGUGGAAACAAAGCCAGUCAGCUGAGAAACGAGCAACUGUGUGUCCCAAUGGCUGACCAGAAGAUGGCUGAAGUGUCUCCGUCAAAGGGACAUUUAGUGGACUGUGGCAUCCAGUGUACUGAAUUACAGGAGCUGAAGUGUGUAUGUGAGUUGAAGAGCAGCAUGGGUCCAAGCAGAAAACGGCCUUUUAAAUAUUCAGAUAUGAAGAAAGCAAACCAUGGCAAGGCUAAAGGAUUCUGCAUGAAUGGACACAUGCAGAAAAACCAGAAGAGGCCUUGUCAGUGGAGGAACAGAGGUCAAGAGAAGCAGAGCAGCCACCAGGAAGACGAUAACGGAUAUUAUGGCAAACCAGGGAAAUCAAAAGGUGGAAAUGGAAGGAAUCCACGGUACUGAGCACUGACUACACUCUACAGGACACCUGGUUUUAAAGAAUCAAUAUAUUAAAAUUAAUUAAAAAUGUAAUCCUAUAUUUCAAUAAAUGCUUUUUAUGUCAAAA